AUGAGCUGGAAAGACUACAUCGACGAAAAACUAAUAGGAUCCGGAACAAUCGACAAAGCUGCAAUAUUUAGUGCAACGGAAUAUUCUCCCUGGGCAGCUAGUGCAGGAUUUAAAAUCGACCACGAUCAAGUCCAAGCUCUUGCCAAGGCCUUUAUUGACCCACGUUCUCUUUCACAAGGGUUUUACAUCGGAGAACAUCAAUAUAUCGCCAUAAUAGCAGACAAUCAGAGAAUCUGUGGCGGGAUAGGCAAGCAAGGUGUGAUCGCUAUGAAGACGAACAAAACAAUAAUAAUUGCACAUCAUCCUGAAACCGCCCAACGCCUACAAGCUCUGGAUGUUACUCAGUCACUGGCGGAUUACUUGAUUAAAUUGGGAUAUUAG